AUGAGAGAGAAUCGAUAAAUUGGAAAGGCAGGCCAUCUUCAUUUUUGUUUUUUUCUGCAGCAUUGUAUUCUACUAGUCAGUUUCAAGAGAAGGAGCCCAUCUCUGGGAUUUCUGUGUCUUUGAGCAGAGAGGUUACUUCUGUUCUUAGUUCAACUCCGGUGCUGCGUUCCUUCUGCGCUGAGCUGACACUGCUACUACCUUCAGCUUCCCCAAGUCGAUCAAUCGAGGGCUCGGUAGACCCGGAGGUGUUUGGACACUGAUUUGCGCUACGUGAUCUGCUCUCUUCGUUUUCCUUCUAGGUUUAAGUUACCGGCUUUUGUUUUGAUUACUGUGUUUCGAGGAGUUUGGAGGAGUAGAGUUGUGAUUUUUAGGUUUUAUUUAGGGAAUUUAUCAUCCGGGCUUGACGCUUCUUUGCUGCUUGUUGUGCUGGGAGGGGGGCAUUGGAGGGGGUGGUGUUCGGUAUACGCGGGCUUUUGAUGAUAUCUGAGAUUAAGUCCUCAGGGUUUUCAAGAGAUGGGGUUGGGUGCUGAUAAUGGUAAGGUGGAGUCUUGGGAUGUCAGCAAAUCAAAGGGGAAGAAGAAGAAGAAGAAAGAUGACGGCGUUGUGGAAGAGGAAGAAACUGGGUGUUGGGCUGGGCUGAGGUUCAUUGGCAGUUGCAUUUCUUCGAGAUCCAAGGUUGAUAGCUCAGUCAGCAGCAUCAGUACUCAUUACGGUAGAGAUCAACCAACAGCUCCAGUAGUCUCUUCUACAACCACAAGUAACGCGGAAAGUAAUUCAUCCACCUCCAAACUUGAAGAGGAACUUAAAGUUGCUUCCAGGCUUCGAAAGUUCUCAUUUAAUGAUCUUAAGCUGGCAACAAGAAACUUCCGGCCUGAGAGUCUUCUUGGUGAAGGUGGGUUUGGUUGUGUAUUCAAGGGAUGGAUUGAAGAAAAUGGAACUGCUCCAGUGAAACCUGGCACAGGGCUUACAGUUGCUGUAAAAACCCUCAAUCAUGAUGGGCUCCAGGGUCAUAAAGAAUGGCUGGCUGAAGUAAGUUUUCUUGGUGAUCUAAUUCAUCCCAACCUCGUUAAACUUAUAGGCUACUCUAUUGAAGAUGAUCAAAGGUUGCUAGUUUAUGAAUUCAUGCCUCGGGGAAGCCUGGAGAACCACCUAUUUAGGAGAUCCCUGCCGCUUCCGUGGUCCAUCAGAAUGAAAAUUGCACUAGGAGCUGCGAAGGGUCUGGCAUUUCUUCAUGAGGAAGCUGAGCGACCAGUAAUAUAUAGGGAUUUUAAAACUUCCAACAUACUGUUGGAUGCUGAGUACAAUGCCAAACUUUCGGAUUUUGGACUUGCCAAAGAUGGUCCGGAGGGUGAUAAAACCCAUGUAUCUACUCGGGUGAUGGGAACCUAUGGUUAUGCAGCGCCAGAAUAUGUCAUGACAGGUCAUCUUACAUCAAAAAGUGAUGUGUACAGUUUUGGAGUUGUUCUUCUUGAGAUGUUGACUGGCAGAAGAUCGAUGGACAAAAACCGACCCAAUGGUGAACAUAACCUUGUCGAAUGGGCUCGGCCACAUCUGGGAGAGAGAAGAAGGUUCUAUAGGUUGAUAGAUCCUCGGUUAGAAGGUCACUUUUCUAUAAAAGGAGCUCAAAAAGCUGCCCAACUGGCUGCUCACUGCCUCAGCAGAGAUCCAAAAGCCAGACCCCUAAUGAGCGAAGUCGUGGAAGCUUUAAAGCCCCUGCCAAACCUCAAGGACAUGGCGAGCUCAUCAUAUUAUUUUCAGACAAUGCAAGCUGACAGAUUUGGUGCCAGCCCUAAUACUCGAAAUGGGCGAACACAAGGAGGAUUGCUUACCCGGCAUGGGCAGCAGCAGAGGAGUCUCUCUAUUCCUCAUGGAUCUCAUGCAUCUCCUUAUCACCACCAGUUUCCCUUACAAUCCCCUAAACCUAAUGGCAAAGCAUAGAGUUAAGGAAUUUUCUAUCUAAUUUUCUCCUCUCCUUUUUUUUUUUUUUCAUGAUACCUUGCUUUCUCAGUAUAGAUGUACUUUGUGUCAAAUGAAACUAUUCAUGGAUAACUUGAGAGCUAAAAGAGCAUUUGGCUUCGUGGUGUAUGUUAUGAGUGUUAGGUGAAGCCUAUUGAGCAAGUGCGUCUUGUCAAUUUGUUAACAAAUAUUUUUCUUCAGGUUGCUUCGAAACACUGAAGAUCAAUAUCAUCUCCUGAAAUAUCAUUUCAUGAUUUCUUUUAUCUUGC